AUGGAGUUGGUUCGGAAUGACACUAGCAUCGGUGCCAAUGGCGACACAGUCCAGCAGUCUGUAACAGAAUUCGCUCCAAAAAUGCACACCGGCGAUACCCGCGGAGACAAAACACCCGAGCCACAGGCAUUCGAGCCACCCGCACGCGAACACAUUGACGAAAACAUUGACCUCGAAGGCAUCGAGGUGACCAACUAUGCGUUGCGACAGUUCGAAGCUGUGGAUAAAAACAUUUUUCUGCGUGGGUCCAGCGAAGGCUCCAAGCACGAGGAGUCCAUACCCUGCCAUUGUCGCUACAAUCCCUCCACGGACUCGCGGUCACUGGCUUGCGGCGAGAGCUCCGACUGUAUUAACCGGUUGGUGCAGAUGGAGUGCAACGCGUUGACAUGUCCGUGCGGGAGCUAUUGCUUGAACAGGAGGUUUCAGAAACGGCAGUACGCCAAAGUUCGCAUCAUCGAUGCCGGCAGAAAAGGCUUUGGUAUGCAGGCGUUGGAGGACCUGGACACGGGGAGCUUUGUCAUGGAGUAUAUGGGCGAAGUGGUCACUGCUGGCGAAUUCCGCAAGCGUGCUGGUGUUUACCAGUCGGAGGGCAUCCAGCACCAUUACUUUAUGAGCAUCGGCAACAACAGGGUCAUCGACGCGACGCGCAAGGGGUGCAUUGCGCGCUUCAUCAACCAUAGCUGCGGACCCAACUGCGUUCUGCAAAAGUGGAUGGUCGGCGGAGCCAUUCGCAUGGGCAUUUUUGUCGAAAAGCCCAUUAAACGUGGCGAGGAAAUCACCUUUGACUACAAGUUUGAGCGCAUGGCUGGUUCAGAGCCCCAGCCCUGCUAUUGUGGCUCGCCCGCAUGCAAGGGCAUUAUCGGGGUGGCCAAAGAGCGCAGCAAGAAACAUGUGCAGAGCACGGUUGGUGUCGACGAGGAUGUGGAUAACUGCGUCGCUGAUAUUGACGAGGAGAUCGAGGACGACACGGUCACCCGCCACCAGCGCGACGAUAUCCGCCGGCGGCACGCGGCCGUCGACGACGAGGAAUACGGCAGGGCACACGCUGACGACUACUACUCGGGCUCCGAAGACGACGAUGGCGCACAGUACAGCGACAGCUCUUCCGUCGGCCGCGCUGGGCUCACGCGCAUGCCCAGGCGAAACACAAAAAAGACCGGACUUACUUCUCCUGAACAGGUUCUCAAGUUUGUACAAAUCAUGCAUCGAUCUGCACGCCAAACACGCAUCAUCGAGAUACUCGUCGGUAAACUGAUGGAGACCAACGACCCGCGGCUGCUCAAGUCACUCAUUGGGCUCCAGGGCGCCAGCAUCUUGCGCAGCUGGCUGCAGGACUACGAGAACGACGAUGUGAUGAUGAUCAAGAUUCUGCAGUGCAUCGCGCAUAUGCCUAUAUCGACCAGGAACACGAUUGAAGAAAACCGAUUGGAGGAGGCUGUUAAGCCACUGUGCUCUUAUAGCGAUGAGACGAUUUCCGGUAUGGCCUCUGACCUGGUGGAGAAAUGGGCGACCCUGCGGCAUGUGUUUAAAAUCCCAAAGAAGAAUCGCAAGGAGUCGGCUGCCGGUGCAGCAGAGACAUUGGCUGGAGUGGAGAAGACACCCGUGGGAUCGCGCAGAGAAAGCCCUAAUCAUGCAGCAAACGGCACGCCGCUGGUGUCAGUUGGUCAGCAUACAAUGGCCAGUGCUGCUGCUGGUGCUGUCUCGGGCGGUGGAGGUGGCGGGGACGGCGAUUCUCCUGCUGGAGUUAUGCGCUGGCGCAGCUCCAACAAUAUGUCUCAGCCGCCCUCGCGCAUGCGCUCCGAAUCACCUGCGCCCAGAGACAUGCGCGGAUACUCGCAGCCUUCACAGCAGCAUCAUCAACAUCAACAACAGCAACAACAGCCAUAUUAUGGCAACCAGCAGCAACAUCAGCAGCAGUACACGCCGGCGAGCGCCACGCUCGUAGCAACAGCUAAUGGGUGGGGUCGCAGGGGUAGUAUGUAUCGUGGCCAGUCGCCUGUCAGAGCCCCUUAUAAUGCAGGGUAUAGGUCGCGAUACGGCCAACAACAGCAGAUUCCGUCUCGGUCUAGGUCGCCGGGCGCGUUCCAUAGGACUGGGACACCCUACUCGACGUCUCGCUAUCCGCGGUCUUCCGGGUAUAAUACUCCCGGAUCUUCGUACCAACAACAACAGCAGCAGCAGCAGCAACAACAACAACAACAACAACAACAGCAGCAGCAGCAGCAGCAGCAUGUGCGUGGGAGGUACAGUAGCUGGGGUAACCAGUCGUCCUAUGUUAACAACGAACACGCAGAUUUGGCGUAUGACAAUGGAGGAGGCAGAAGGAAUGCGGGUUUGGAAAAUGACGGUGGGAACCGGGCGGACUAUGCAAACCAUAACUCCCCUCCUGUUGCCCCUGCUGCCACUACCAAUUCCGCUGCUGGUGCGCCCAAACUGGCGCCCGGGUGGCGGACGGCAUACACGGGUGACGGAAUAGCCUACUAUUACCACGAGACGACCAAGCAGACGCAGUGGGAGCCGCCUGUUGUGGAAACCGCGGGCCAUUCGGCACCUGUCCCACCAGCAAUGAGCAACACUGGUGCUGGUGCUGCUGGUGGCAAUAGCAGGCGCAGCAAUCUUGGUCUGCCCUCUUCUGCUGAUCAUCAUACAAGCGGCAGUGGGUCCCAGUACCACUAUAACCAGGCGCACGAGUCGCGCGUGCCCUCUGCGUCGUCUGUAUCUAUGCCUGGCGACAGAUGGGGCGCAUCUGCCGGCGCCGAGGAUGCCAAGAUGAGCGGCGUGCCAAAGACGAGGGCCGAAGAGGGCAUUGAUCGUGCUCAGCGCAUGGGCGCCAUGCAGUCUCGGACCAGCACCAUCAGUGGCAUCGCGACUAACAUAGGAGGAGGGGCCUCUGCAAAGACUGGUGGCGCUGUGCCGGCUGCCCUUCAGUUGGUGACUCCGGAAACUGACGGUGACCGCAUUGUCAGCUCGUCGCUGUUCGCACACAAACAUUCGGCAAACCCGGAAACCAACCCCAAAAUUGUAUCCUCCUCCUCGGGCACCAGCAACAUGCCCAGCAGCAGCAGCGCCGCGCGCCGCGGCUCACCGACUAGCGCGCAGUCAGCGAUAUCAGCUAAGCGCGACAAGCUGGAGAAAAAGGCAACUGCUGAGUUGGCCGCAUUUGUCGUGCGCGCGAUGGCCAAGUACAAGGGUCAGCUGGGACACGACGACUUUAAGCAUGAGGCGCGCAAGAUCACCAAGAUUCUGAUGGAGAAGGAGCGCAAGCUGUCGCCAUUCGACCCCAUGAAGCUGAUUGAUAUGAGCCAGCACAAGAAGACCAAGGUCCGUCAGUUUGUCUGGGACUACAUGGCCAAGCUAGUAGGUCGGCGGAUGGAUGGCGAUAGUCCGCGCAAGACGCCCAUUUCUUCGGCCUCUGUGCCAAGAACCCCGCCGAUACCGCCUACGGCGUCGUCGGGUCUGCGCUAG